AGAACACACGACGGCCUCUGCUCGAAGGCGAUAACGGUUAGUACGAUCACGCCCACAUCGGCGGCUCUCGAUCUCGUGGAGGCUGGACUCGGAGGCAAUAUGUUUCAUUGUCUCGGAAGCCAGCCUCAACGACGGCUAGAAAGAGGCAAACGCUGGCUCAGUGACAGUGCCGGGUCUAUUGGCUUGCUCGAUCUCACUUCUUCAUCCUUGGACGUCGAUAAUGACACUACUCCGGAGAACGCUACGAUCGAAGACGCCGUGUUCGGACCUCAGUACGCAAAAACCCUGCGAAUCGCCUGCAUCGGCGUCAUGCUUGUCUUGUCACUCGUGGGCAACUCGUUUGUGUGCUACCGGCUCCUGACUUCCCGACGCCAGAGACUGCUGAAAACGCAGGUCCUGUUCCUCAACUUGGCCCUGGCCGACCUGUUGGUCACCGUGGUCACAAUGAACUCGCAGCUUCUCUGGGAGAUCAUGGGGCGCGUGUGGGUCGCGGGUGACGUUCCGUGCCGCGUCUUCAAGUUGUUGCAGACGUACGCACUGGUCUCGUCCAACUACAUGCUAGUGGGAAUCGCCGUGGACCGCCAUUUCGCCAUCUGCAAUCCACUGAAACCGGCGCCCAAGCCUCGAACGGUGGCUGCAACUUGCUGGCUGCUGUCGCUCGUACCGUCCGUGCCAAAUCUGUUCGCGUUCCGUGUCGUAGUGGUUCGGGACGAACGCUACUGCGCCUCGGUCUUCUACGUGUAUCGAGACUACACCGCUGUGCGGCAGGUCUACAUGGCGUUCGUUUUCGCCCUCGUGUUUGUGGUGCCACUCGUAGCGUUGGUCGCGCUUUACGCGAACGUACUGUUCCGGUUGUGGAGAGUGUCUGCCACCGCCGCACCAGAAUCGCUGCGGGCGGCACGACGCGUUGUCAACUCUCCGGGCCGGGACACAGACCGGAGCACGCUGCCGAAGGUGCGUGUGCGGACACUCAAGAUGGCGGCAGUGAUAUCCUUGGCGUUCUUGGUGACCAAUCUUCCGUACAUGGUGCAGGAGAUCGUGCUGGCCUUCGCGCCAGGCGUAUCGCUUGGCCCGCACGCUGUGGCGGUGUUCGGUGUCAUCUCGGCUUCCAACAGUGCCGUCAACCCGUACAUCUACCUCGCGUUCAACGGAGGUGCGGGCGCCGCCGUGUGCGGGGCGCGUGUGCGCGGCAUGUGGCGUCGCAUGACGCGGUCCUCGACGUCGAAACGAACCACUCUCUCCUUCCGUACGCAGUGCUCGACGCUCAAAACGCCCAAUACUAAGAGAAUGCCGGCGCCAGCAGGGCUGCCUCUUACACACGAUCUUGAAAACUGUGAAAUGCAGGAAAAGGCGAGUGAGAAGCUUUAAAUUGAAAAGCAACGUUAGAGCGUACUAGAACCUUUUAGUGACGUUGACGACGCCAUAUCCUAUGCCUGAAGUAAGUUGGCAACAGCUAGCGCAAGACUGGGUUAAUUGGAGAUCGACGGGUAAGGCCUUCGCCCUGCAGUGAACAUAAAAUUGGCUGAUGAUGACAAUGAUGAUAGUGGUGUUGGUUAGAAGUAGUUAGAACUGGAUAUCGUACCCAGCUACAUGAUCGGCCGACAGGGGCUAAGUCGGGGCAAGGUUUAACUUGGUGCACGUGGUUUUCAAGCACAGAAUGGUACAGAAAAUUUAACUACUGGCAUAGUGCCUUGGCCAUCGCGUUUUGCUGUGGAGCACGAGCUCGAUUCCAGCCGUGAUCAUCACGUUCUGGUGGGGGUUGAAUAUAAAUAUGCUUGUGUGGCCAACUUUAGGUGCACGUUAAGGAAAUCCUUGUGUUGAAAAUUAAUCCGCAGCCAUUCACCAUAUGGCGCCUCUAAUAACACCUGAUGUGUUGUGACGUUAAAACAUCCUAAGUUAAAAAUAAAAGAAAACGGAGAUAUAAAAUGGAUAUGAAGCUGUUAUGAAAUGUUUUUACGAUGUGUUCUCGAUUUUUAUGGAGACAUUAACCUGCCAAGACCUCUGUUAUUUUCGCAGCUUGGCAGAUAAU